GCAUCUUGCUUCCAACCACUUUCGAUUCUCUGCUGAGCUGGGCAGAGACGAAGCUUCUCAGCAGAGGUGCCCCUCUCCUGCCGUCUUCCCAGAGGUAAACCCAGCAGGUGCUGAAAAGAGUACAACGAAGAUGCCUGCCUGAUGUCAAAAGGCAAGGAGUUCCAAAGUGUUGGUGAUGCCACACUGAAAUCAGAACUAGUGCGGAGCAAGUAGUAUCUGAUACCUGAAACAGUGCCAGUUUUCUUGAGGAACCUCUUGUCGCAGAAUGGCAAAACUGGGAACGGAGAGACUGAGCAGCUGAAUUCUUUUCAAAGUGCGAUGGCGAACACUGGAGAUCUCCCGGAAGACCUCCUGUUGGAAAUCUUGUCUCUGGUCCCUAUGAAGGACCUGAUUCUCAACUGCCGCCUGGUUUGCACCCGGUGGCGAGACCUGGUGGACUUGCCGGUUCUGUGGAAGAGCAUCUACCGGCGGAAGAGCAGCGACCCCGAGAAGCAGUCAUCAAAGAGCGUCUUCAUUUUCUCCCACCUGGAAAAGAACUUGAUCAAGAACCCUUGCGGCGAAGAAGGCUUCGUCUACUGGGAAGUCAAGACUCCUCCGGAGGGCCACUGGGCAAUCCAUGAAGUGUCUGGAAAGGGUAAAAUGAAACUCAAAACGAAGGACUUUCUUCAGAGGAAUUCUGAUGUGGAAGCCAAGCCACACCACCUUCAGGUCAACAAAUGCUUUGCUCCAUGGAACGGGCUCUGCAGCAAGUCUCAGCUCAUCGCCUUGAAGGAUGCAGGCUACUGGGAUCAACUGUUGGAUGAAGCCAGGCCCACUAUUGUGGUGAAGGACUGGUUUUAUUCCUCCCUCGGCUGCUGGUACAAACUGUGCGUAAAGCUGUUGUCGGCGGACUCGGAAGUCCUCAAAGAAUACUGUUCGGAGGAUUGCUACGAGCAUGGUUGGGAACUCGGAAAAUGGCGUGAGGUUUCAUACACUUUUUACUACUGCCCGCCUGGAGUCCGCUACAUCCUCUUUGAACACCAAGGCAAUAGUCAUAAUGCGCAAAAAUUCAAGGAUCGUAUCAGAAUAACCAAAAGCACCAUCACCAUUGGCCCAUUUUGUCUAGAGAAAGAAGACUUAUCUUCUGAAUACUUUUACGAUACUGAUGACGACAUUAGGGGUGUUUGGUCUUAUUAUGGCGACAGUGACGACUUGGGUUUUGAAUUCUUUGACUGCUGGUAGAAAGUCCCCUCUGGAACAUUUUCAUUCUCUCCUGCAAAUGCUGGGUAGAGCAAGUCCCACCCUCCCAGCUUCCCUGCAGUGACUGAAAUUUGCUGACCCCAUUUCUGAUGAUCUCUGCUUCUCUUGAGUUUAUAUCCUUUUUCCUUAUUAUUAUUAAAAAUGUAACAAAGCAACCAGAACAGUGGGGUCCAAAAACAAGAAAUUAAAAAGAUCUUGAUUGCAUAUUGAGAACCCACAAAAGUAUAUAAAAAUACAUUUUUUCUGCACCUAGAUACAAAGAAAAAGGAUAUAUUGCAAACAAAAUUUCACCGUCACAAAAUCCAUAGAUUGUAGAAAACCUUGGGAACCUUUAUAUUGCUGUCUGCCUCAUUAGCAUGGGGAAUAAACCUCCACCAUUCUGCGCCAAGCGUGCCCUUUUGUGUCCUGCCUUUUGCGAUCUUUAUCUGGGAGUAGUAGUCCAACAACAUCUAGGGACCUAAGGUUGAAGAAGUGUAAUCAAGAGCUGUAUCACACAUUUUGACAAGGUCUUUAUCCCCUAAUACGGCUCUUGGAACACCGGAAGUAUUUGUGUUUUCUCUUCCAGGAUCGGAGGACCCUGUGCCCCUUUAGAUGUUGUCAGAUUCAAACCCCCAUCAGCCCCAGUCAGCAUGGCCAAUGCUUGGGCAUGAUGAGACAUGUAGUCCAACAACAUCCAGAGGGUCCCAGAUAUCCCACCCGUUGUUACACUGACUUUCAUGCCAGUAUUUUGUGUUAUGCUGUUCCAUAGUUCUCUGUUAGCCACCUUGUGCUUCCCUUGGAAAGGAAAGCGGGUUAAGUCUCUCUUUUUUUGGCAUGUUAACUUUACAGGGCUAAAAACUUAGGCUACAAUACUAAAAUGAACUCUUGCCAGGACGAAAACAAAAUCCGGUACACCCAGAAUAUCUUUAUUAUAUCUAACAGCACACACAACAUAUUGUCAAAGUGUAAAAAGCAUC